CGUCUCUACUCGCUAGUAAUAGUGGUUAAAAACGAGCAAGAACCGCCGAAAACAACGCAGACGAUGCAGUGCUUACGCUGAUGACAUAUCGCUGCCGAAUGUGACGUAGUAUCCUCGUGACGGAGCGGACGGUGUCGGCGACAUGGCGCGUGGCGACGGCGUCGUGCUUCGUGUGCAGGACGGGACGAGUAUGUUCACUUACUACUCCGACUUCACGGACAGAUGGCCAGGUGCUGCAUACGUGGAAAGCGUUCUCUUAAUAAUCAUGAUGACCACGGCAAUUAUCGGUAAUAUCCUGGUUAUCGUGUCUGUGACCAGGUAUCGUAAGAUGCGCACAGUGACGAACUAUUUCGUGCUAUCACUGGCCAUCUCUGACCUGCUGUUUGCAACCCACGUCCCCAUCAUCAUCAUCACACGCAUCACCGUAGACUGGGUGAUCGGAGAUAUACCGUGCAAGCUCGUCGACUACAUGAUGUUCGUAUCGGCAAUCAACUCGAUUCUCACACUAAUGGUAAUCAGCAUCGAUAGGCGCAUAGUGAUCUGCGUGUCGAGCAGGAAUCGCAUGACGAGGAGGAGAGGAGCUCAGUGGAUCGCCGCCACCUGGCUAGUGUCGAUAGUCUUCUCAGUGCCGAUCGCGCUUACCCACAUGGUGCAUCACGUCUACCAGGAUGACACGAUAUACGUGUUUUGCCACAUAGUUUGGCCGGACUGGUUUAACGGUCUAUGGUACCUGGCACCAUUUGCUAUCUGCUUCUUCUUCCUACCACUCGGGGUUAUGGUGUAUUCAUAUGUUAAGGUGUUUCAAACUGUGAAGAAAUCCCAUGCUCGCCUAGCCGCGAUAGGCGGGAAACAAAACAGAAAGGUGGCGCUAGAAGGACGCAAGCAUAGAGCUAGUGAAGAUUU